AUGGACGUUAGUAAGGUCCAUAAGAGGUUCGGUGGCAUUCAUACCGUGCUGAGGUCAAAGGCCCAGGAGACGGUGCAAGAAUUCGGAACUCGCUACACACUAGUUGGUCCGCUGGUUCGGCAAUCGGCGGCAGUCGAGGUUCGAGAAUGUGAACCGUCUACAACUUCUAUUGCCAAGGCCAUGGAUGCCAUGAAAGCCCGAGGCGUCAAGAUAAUCUAUGGCCGUUGGAUGAUCCCAAAGGCACCUCGCGUCCUCCUCAUUGACACCAAAUCGGGCGAGGAGCACCUCGAGGAGUGGGUCAAGGAUCUAAGCAAAAACAUCGCGCUGAUCCUCGCCAGGGAAAAGAAGCUCAACAUGGCCACCCUGUUCACGACGCACGCCACCAGCCUCGGGCGGCAGAUUUGCACGAAAUCGGUGGACAAGUACAUCGAGUCCCUGCAAACCCGCUGCGACGACAGCAUCGCCGACGGCACCGACUUCUACCACCGCCACCCCGUGGAGCGGGCCGUCGCGCACUCAUGCGACGUGCUCACGACGGUGUCGCCCAUCACGGCGCGCGAGUGCGAGCACCUGCUCGGCCGCAAGCCCGACGCCGUGCUCCUCAACGGCCUCAACGUGUCGGAGAUCUCUGACGUGGACGAGUUUUGCCGCUACGAUACCCGGGGCAAGAUUGACGACUUUGGGGCCGACAUGUACAUUGAGGCGCUCGCACGGCUCAACGACCGGUUGAAGGAGGUCCAGGGCAACGGAAAGGAGACGGUGUCGGUGGUGGCCUUCAUCAUCAUGCCCGCGGACAAGGUGGCGAUCCUGCCGAAUUGCCUCGAGAGCCACGCCAUCGUGAAGUCGCUGCGGGGCGCGAUGAAAUCCUGGGAGAGGGACAUUGGGGACCAGCUCUUUGAGAGAGCGAUUCGCUGGAAGCAGGGCGACCCGCUCCCGACGCAGAACUUGGACGACCUGGUACCCGAAGCAGAGGAGAACAACCUCCGAAUGCGACUCUACAACCUCGAGCAGCCCGAGAAAUCCGAGGUGGUCACUCACGAACUGGUCAACAGCCAAGAUGACCCCAUCCUCAACCGCCUCAAGGAGGUCAAUCUCGCCAACGACCCCGAGGACAAGGUCAAGGUUGUUUUCCACCCCGAGUUCCUCCGUCCGUACAACCCCUUGCUGCCCGUCAACUACGACGAGUUUGUCCGAGGGACGGACCUCGGCGUGUUCCCGUCGACGUACGAGCCGUGGGGCUACACGCCGGCCGAGUGCGCCGUUAUGGGUAUCCCGAGCAUCACGACGAACCUGUCGGGGUUCGGCUACCACAUGAAGGACGUUUUGAAGGAGCACGGGCCUACGUAUGGCAUCUACAUUGCCGAUCGCUGGGGCAAGGGGUUUGACGAUUGCGUGAAUGAGAUGGUGGACCAGAUGUUUGAGCUCUGCCUCAAGUCCCACCGCGAGAGACUGCUGCAGCGCCGCCGGACGGAAGAUUUGAGCGAGAUUCUCGAUUGGUCCUACAUGAACACCGACUACCGCCGGGCGCGGAGGAUGGCACUCAACAGAAAGUACGGCGACGAGGUGUCGCUGGGCGAGGAGGAGAUUCCGGAUGCCGGAUCCGCAAUCCUGCAGGAGAUUCAGGGUAUCAAUCGAGCAUCGACAUUUUAA